AUGUACCUUAAUCUCUACAUCCUGUACCCAAACCCCUACAUCCUGUACCCUACUGCCUGCAUCCUGUAUCCUAACCCCUACUUCCUUUACCCUAAUCCCUGCAUCCUGUUUCUUAACCCCUACAUCCUGUACCCUAACCCCUGUAUCCUGUACCCAAACCCCUACAUCCUGUACCCUACUGCCUGCAUCCUGUAUCCUAACCCCUACUUCCUUUACCCUAAUCCCUGCAUCCUGUUUCUUAACCCCUACAUCCUGUACCCUAACCCCUACAUCCUGUACCCUAACUCCUACAUCCUGUACCCUAACCCCUACAUCCUGUACCCUAACCCUUGCAUCAUGUACACUACCCCCUGCAUCCUAUACUCUACCCCCUGCAUCCUGUACCCUAACCGCUGCAUCCCGUACCCUCACCCCUACAUCCCGUACCCUACUCCCUACAUCCCGUACCCUAACCCCUGCAUCCUGUACCCUACUCCCUGCAUCCUUUACCCUAAUCCCUACAUCCUGUACCCAAACCCCUACAUCCUGUACCCUAACUCCUACAUCCUGUACCCUAACCCCUACAUCCUGUUUCUUAACCCCUGCAUCCCGUACCCUCACCCCUACAUCCUGUACCCUACUCCCUACAUCCCUACACCCUGCAUCAUAUUCUCUACCCCCUGCAUCCUGUACCCUAACCCCUGCAUCCCGUACCCUAACCCCUACAUCCUGUACCCCAACAUCUGCAUCCUGUACCCUACCCCCUGCAUCCUAUACUCUACCCCCUGCAUCCUGUACCCUAACCCCUACAUCCUGUACCCUAACCCCUACAUCCUGUACCCUAACCCCAUUAUAUAA